AGGUCUUUUUAAAUCUCAGAAGCUCCUGAUUGUUCUCACUGUUGAUGGCAGUUGUAAAUUAGUUAAGACAACAACUGGAAAAUACAUUGUGGGAAUGAAAGACAGAAGCCAGUCGGAUGUAUCUGAAGAACUGAAACAGAUUAUUAGAGAAGUUUUAUCUUCUCUAGAUGAUUCCAGCUUGAAACCAUGGCUGAGCUCUCUGGAAUCAGAGUGGAUGAAAGUGACCCAGCCUGUGAAAGAGGGAAAUCUGCUGCUAUGAAAAUCAUGGAUCUGCUUACAGAGGAUGACAUGGAUGUCUCAAAGAUCAAAGAUGAAUUCCUUCCUUAUCAAGGCCAUCUGUGGCAUCAGUGGAGCAAAAUACACAAAGAACUGUAUAAUCUGAAAGGAAACGCUGAAAAGGAGAAAAGUAAAAAGCAACAAGAACUGAUGAACAUUCGUCAGAAACAAUAUACUGUUUCCUGCAGUAAACUGAUGGAGUUGUUCAUUGAAAGCCUCUCAUCACUGCCACCAAAAGACAAACAGUAUUUCCUGAAAUGGACUCAGAUCUUAAUGGAUGAUCUCUCCACAGUUGAACUUUCUUUAAUUCUCCACAGUUAUGAUGAAAAGUGGUCUGAGGUCAUGGCUUUGAAAGAUACGGCUAGCAAAUUAGAUCUGUUAUCAAUAAAACAAACUGAGCUUGAAGAAAUAACCAAAAAACUGCAGUCUGCAACUUUUGGUUUGGAGCACAUUUUCAGAGAAAUGGGACAGAUCUAUGAAGCUCAUAGAACAAUAGAAGGAGAGAGCAGACACACUGACUGGUCUAAAUACCCUGAGCUGGCUGCACAGCUGAUGAUAUCAGGACACCCAAUGGAGCUGAUGGAUGGUGAUGCAGGUCACGUGCCUUUAACAUGGAUCUCCAGUCUUUUAGAGGAAGUCAUCAAGAAACUGGGGGACCAGAGAGUUUUUGUGUUGUCAGUUUUGGGCAUACAAAGCAGUGGAAAAUCAACAAUGCUGAACACCAUGUUUGGAUUGCAGUUUGCAGUGAGUGCAGGCAGGUGCACCAAAGGUGUCUUCAUGCAGCUGGUCAAAGUAUCAGAGGAGAUGAAGAAAGACUUGAAGUUUGACUAUCUUCUAGUGGUGGACACUGAAGGACUGCGUGCUCUUGAGGUGGAAGGUAACACCACUCAUCACCAUGACAACGAACUGGCAACAUUUGUUGUUGGUCUGGGAAACCUGACACUGAUCAACAUCUUUGGCGAGAAUCCAUCUGAGAUGCAGGACAUCCUGCAGAUUGUUGUUCAGGCUUUCAUGAGGAUGAAGAAAGUUAAACUUUCUCCCAGUUGUGUGUUUGUUCACCAGAAUGUUACAGAUGUUGCAGCAGCAGAGAAAAACAUGGAAGGAAAGAGACGCCUGCAAGAAAAACUGGACCAGAUGGCCAAACUAGCAGCUGAAGAGGAGGUUUGCAGUGCAGAGUGCUUCAGUGAUGUCAUUAAGUUUGAUGUCCGAAAAGAUGUGAAAUACUGUGCCCAGCUGUGGGAGGGCAGUCCACCCAUGGCUCCUCCUAAUCCAGGUUACAGUGAGAGCAUCCAAGAAGUGAAGAACAUCAUCCUCUCUAAAGCUUCACAGUCUGCUGGGAUCACUCUGUCACAGUUCAAAUACAAAAUUCAGGACCUGUGGAGUGCCCUCCUCAGUGAAAACUUUGUUUUCAGUUUUAAAAACACACUUGAAAUCGCAGCAUACAGAAAACUGGAGGUCCAAUAUGGAAACUGGACCUGGGACCUCAGGAGCAACAUGUUGGCCAUUGAAAAUCAGCUUUAUAACAGAAUUGAAAAUGGAAAUCUUGACAAGGUGAAAGUGAGUAACCUUACAAAAAAAACAAGCAAGACAUAUGAAGAAAUAAAAACAGCUAUGAAAAAGUAUUUUGAGGAAAACAGAGAAAAAGAAUUUUUGGCUCAGUGGAGAGGCCGAUUUGAAACCAAAAUCAAAGAGUUUCAUGAUGAACAGGUGAGCACAGUGAAAAGAAAACUGGAUGAAGUUAUUCAACAAAAGAACGCUCGUAAAAAGCUUGAUGAUAAGAAGAAAGAGUUUGAGGACAAGCUGCUACAGAAGAGCAAAGAGCUCGCUCAGCAGCUGAAGGAUAAGGCCAAAGAUGAAGAAGAGCUUAAAAAUGAGUUCAGCUCUGUUUGGAGUGACUUGGUCACUGAAAUAACAGCAGAUAUAAAACCUGUUGAAGACAUCAACCUGAAAGAAGAUCAGUUUAAAAUCCUUCAUGAACUUGGUUUUGAACAUAUUCUUAUAAAUGAAUCCAAAACAAGUGGCAGUUACAAGAAAAUAUCCAGUGUUGGUGAUUAUUCAGAUUAUGUCAUCCUUCAAAAAAAAAAGGACACAAGUGAAAGUGAACCAACUCAAGAUAUUGUGCCGGAUGACAGUCACACAAGUAAACUCGGCACAUAUGUUACAAAACCUGUCUCAAACCUUUGGAAGUAUACCAAAACAUUUUUUAGAUCCAAUUCAAACACAAAACAAAUACAAGAUCAAUCACAGAGUGCUUUACCAUUUCAUGAACAGCAGCAGAUCAGACUGCUCAUUGACAAAGCUGUAAAACUGUCCCUUUAUUCAAUCAGAAGCAAACCUGUGGCUACAAGAGGCUACACAUCAGCUUACUUGCAGGAAGCGGCAAAAAUAGUAAAAGAAAAAGUGGAAAAAUUUCAGUCAGAGAGUAAAUAUACUUUGAAGAAGGACUUUACAGUCGAUCUCUUACUGUAUGUUUUCUGUAAAGCAGAGGUUUUGCUUCUAGACUCCCAGGAGAAAUUCAAAAUGAAGCAUGAUGCACUCACUUAUUUACAAAGCAAGAAAACACAGUAUUACAAUGUUUUUAGAAGCUUUUGCAAAGGAAACUUAUCUGCUGUUGUGCUCGCAGAACUGAUCUGUGAAAAGCUGAAAGCUUCCACUGUUGAGGCUGUCUGUAACAAGACUGCCAUUGGUCUGGCUGGAGUGAUGAGGUGUAAUUUCCCAGCAUUCAAUGGGAACAGGCUGAACUUGGAGAAACAUGUGCUGAAGGCACUCGCUGAGAAAGAAGACUUUGAUGAUUUCAUCACCUACAUCAGAAAUCCAAGGAAACAAACAAAAGCUUUUAUAAAAGCAGAAGUAGAGAAAUACAUUUUCACAGAUUGCACACAUGAAACUGUGAAUAUACUAAAAAAAAAUGUUCAUGACAUUAACAUGAUGGUGAGUCAAGCUUUAUCUACUGCAACACAGAAAGUCCAAACUCAGAGAGGAGACAUAAACAUGUGGCUGAAAGAAUUUUCUAGUUUGCUAAAAGAUGAGUUAACUUUUGAUACCAUUUCUUCUCAAAACUUCAGUGACAUCAAUAAUUUUGAUUUCUUUAUGGAAGCAAUAAAGAAAGAAUUUACAUGUGUAAGUGAUGAGAUGAGAAGCUUCUCAUUGAAUAAACUGAAGGAAUUCAGGCUGAAGCCUGAUGAAAUCCUCAUUGAUCAGCUGUGUAAUUGUUGCUGGGUAAAAUGUCCCUUCUGUGCAGCUGUUUGUACUAACACCAUUGAAGGUCACAGUCCUGAUGACCAUAGUGUCCCUUUUCAUCGACCUGAAGGAAUCAAAGGAUGGCACUAUAGAGGCACAGUGGAAUUCAGCAUUGAUUUCUGCACAACAAACGUUGCAAGUGAUCAGAGUUUUUAUCCUCGUCAUGAUUCAGAGGAAACUGUUUCCUAUAAACUGUACAGAACUGCUGGUCCAAAGUAUGCUGACUGGAGAAUCAUCCCUGAUGAGUCUAAACUGGUGUACUGGAAAUGGUUUGUGUGUCGUUUUCAAAAGAAACUGGAAGAGCACUACAAUUAUAAAUUCCAGGGCAGAGGAGAGAUUCCCAGUGAGUGGAAAACAAUCUCUAAAUACAAAGCCAUUAGAAGUCUGGACGAAAUGUGCGAAUGA